AUGGGAGGGAAAGAAGGAAGACUGCUUACAAUUUGUGUUGCACUUCUGGCUCUUUUCAUCUUUCCCGCUCAAGCGAUCAAGCUCGACGUAGAAGCAUCGCAUAAUCCUCACGUAAAGUGUAUAUGGAAUUAUGCACUCAGUGAUACGCUUGUCAUCGUCACAAUCAACACAGCCGUUCCAUCGCAUUUACCCAAACAUGAUUAUGAUGAACAACGGAUUGAUGUUGAAGUCGUUGAUGGAUCGAAACAUAAUAACAUCUAUUUAUCCAAAAAGAACAUCAAAACCGAAACACGUAUGGCAAUCAACACUCACAGUCAUGCAGAUUUAGGUGUUUGCGUCAAGAACAUCCAAAAGAAAGGAUCGAACCUAAAACAUUUGGUCACAACGAUCGAUUUGGAUGUCGAUAUCGGUGCAGAUGCAGUGGAUUAUAAUGCGAUCGCAAAUCAAGAAUCCCUUUCAGGUCUAGAAACGGAAAUGCGUAAGCUGGAAGCGGUUGCAGAAGAAAUCGUAACAGAGAUGGAUUAUCUUAAAAAGAGAGAAGAAAAGAUGAGAGAUACAAACGAAUCAACAAAUCAACGUGUUGAAUUAACUGCUUGGCUUACCGUUUUGGCUUUGAUCGUUUUGGGCGCUUGGCAAAUCUUUCAUCUUAGAAGCUUUUUCCAGAAAAGGUAUCUUAUCGAUAGCUGA